AUGUCUACCCAGCCCACUCAGCCUAGCACCGUUACCGGCCUCCAGCAGGACGCCAACAAGGUCGCCAACAACCUCCACAACGAGGCCAGCAAGGCUGCCGAUACCGUUAUGGGGUCCAACGAAACCAACCGGACGGAGAGCGAGGAAGACAGCGAUGGCUUCGUUGCAGACCCCAACGGUGGCGUGCCUAAUAUACCCUCUGCGCUUGAACAAGCCAAGCAAUCUGGGCACUCAGGUGCUGCCUUUGGCAGGUUUGUCCCCCGCGCCAAAGAGAGGCUCAACAAUGGAAACUUUGAAGGUGUAGGAGCACCAUUAGUCGUCGGCCUGAUCAUCAUGAUGUGGCCGAUUCUCACGGGUGUGCGUUACGAGCGCCUUCCGGGGCUCAUUCGGACGCGCAUCAACUGGAUUAUUGGCCCAUUUAUGAUGCUGGCACUUGCAUGGGCUACGCUCCCCGACUUGCCUGACUAUCGCACGGGUAUAAUUAUGGUGGGCAUUGCGCGGUGUAUUGCCAUGCGCGUGGCGAUGGAGACACUUGCGCUGUGA